AUGUCGGAAAUUUGGCUGGAAAUAAUUACUGGCAAUCCGUUACUGCGCUUAGAGGGUAGUACUGCAGUUAUCGAGGGGAUGAAGGGGCUUCCCUCGGCUUCCUUUGGCUUUGGCCAAUGGUUAAUUUACGAAUUUACUCUACCAGAUAUACGGGACUAA